AUGCCAACUAUCGGCCUCAUCAUAAAUGUAAUACAUUUUCAUAGUUUAUUUUGCUAUGUACGGCUUGGUUGAGUAUAACUUAGUGAAAUUUUAUGUGAGCACAGGGUGGAUUUGAUAUGAUCUGCAGUGGAAGGGACAAGAUCGAAACUCCUGAACAGUUUAAGCAAGCUGAAGAAACUGUCUUGAAACUCAAUUUAGAUGGCCUUGUUGUUAUUGGUGGAGACGAUUCAAAUACCAAUGCAUGCCUUCUUGCUGAAUACUUCAGGUCAAAGAAUAUAAAAACUCGGGUUAUUGGAUGCCCAAAAACAAUUGAUGGUGACCUGAAAUGCAAGGAAGUUCCCACAAGUUUUGGGUUUGAUACAGCUUGCAAGAUUUAUUCUGAAAUGAUUGGAAAUGUCAUGACAGAUGCUCGUUCAACUGGAAAGUAUUACCAUUUUGUGAGACUUAUGGGUCGUGCUGCUUCUCACAUCACGUUGGAAUGUGCUUUGCAAACACAUCCCAAUAUAACAAUUAUUGGAGAAGAGGUUUCAGCCAAGAAGCAAACUCUUAAAAAUGUUACAGACUACAUUACUGAUAUAAUCUGCAAACGUGCAGAACUUGGUUACAACUAUGGUGUCAUACUUAUUCCCGAAGGCUUAAUUGAUUUUAUCCCUGAGGUUCAGACUCUCAUUUCCGAGCUAAAUGAAAUAUUGGCUCAUGAUGUUGUUGACCAAGAUGGGCAGUGGAAAAAGAAGCUCACACAACAGUCUCUUAUUCUGUUUGAAUUCCUUCCCCAAGCAAUCCAGGAACAGCUUCUCUUGGAAAGAGAUCCUCAUGGCAAUGUUCAGGUUGCUAAAAUAGAGACUGAAAAAAUGUUGAUAUCAAUGGUUGAAACUGAAUUGGAGAAACGGAAGUUGGAGCCAAAGUAUGCGGGGAAUUUUAAAGGGCAGUCCCAUUUUUUUGGCUAUGAAGGAAGGUGUGGUUUGCCUACAAAUUUUGAUUCGACAUAUUGCUAUGCAUUGGGUUAUGGUGCAGGAGCCCUUCUCCAAUAUGGGAAGACUGGUCUAAUAUCUUCAGUUGGCAAUUUAGCUGCCCCUGUGGAGGAAUGGUCUGUUGGAGGAACUGCAUUGACUUCAUUAAUGGAUGUCGAGAGGAGACAUGGUAAGUUCAAGCCUGUAAUCAAGAAAGCAAUGGUGGAACUUGAUGGCGCACCAUUCCUAGAAUUUGCAUCUAGGAGGGAUGAGUGGGCCAUUAAGAACAGAUAUAUCAGCCCUGGGCCCAUUCAGUUCAUCGGCGACGGAUCCAAUGCCAUCAGCCUCACAUUGAGGCUCGAACUUGGCGUGCAUGCCUAACCUUUGAAGUGUCACACGUACGUUAUAAGAAUUAUAUUGAAGACGCAGAACCGCCUUUUUCGGAGUUAAUACCACAUGGAAUGUUGGUAAUGUCGAUCAUUUACCUGAAGCUCGUCUUCUUGUUAUGUAUGAAAUGCUAAUUAAAUAGCGGUUUUGUUUAAUAA